CCCGGCUCUGUGGCCUAACACGAUCAACACGCUAUCUCUCGCUUGUAAAGUUGUAACAGUAGAGAGAAAUAGAAAGGAAGGUUUGCAAGCAAAAGGACGGCAAAAUUUCCAGAGAUAGAGGGAUGGUGGGACGCGGACAUGGCAUCAUUCAUCCCCUGGAGGUGGCGGAGACGGUCUUAGAGGUGGCCGAUGUCGCUUGGAGCGCUGUUGAGCAUUGCCGCCAUCUCUGCCACCAUGGCGAACAUGGCGACCAUGGCCCAGCUGACAACGAGCACGGUUGCGCCUCUCCUGACGAGGAAUUAGCAGCCCUCUGCUCCGAGAAUCGCCACCUCAGAAGCUUACUUGAGCAGAAUCUAAAGCUCCUCCAACAGCUCUCCCAAUCUCCGUAUCUAUUGAAAGAUUGUCCUCCCGAUCUAUACACUCGUCUCAUUGCUACUGUGGAUUCUAAAGACUUUUUGACUCAAUUGGAAUCACUCCAUCAGGAAUCUAGAGAUGCAACAAGCAAUAUAUUUCCCUUUAAAGAAGUUACAGGAGAUGAUCUGCAUUCAGUUGAAAUUCUGAUAAAUGUUGAUCAGGAGGAACCUAGUUGGUGGGUGUGGGUCACAGAUGAAAUGAUUACAGAAGAGUGGAGUGGAAUUGAUAAUGAAAGUUAUGUGAUUGUUAGUGAGGAACAUGUAGUUGAAGGGGUUGCUAAUUUCAUAGCCAAAUGCAUUGUCUCAAACCCCAAAGCUAAGAGACUGAGUCCAGAGCAACUGCAGAAAACUGUGGUGAAGGCCUUGGGUAGUGUGAACAAGUUGGAGAAGAUGUUAAGCAUUUGGCAUGCUGGGAAGAUGUUUUAUGCACUAUCUACUUGGGGACUUGCUUUUGCAGGGUUGUAUAGGCAUCGUGCUAUCUUGAAAGUGGCAGCCAAAGGAGUUGCAGUAUCCAGCAAAGCUGUUAUGAGGGUCCUCUGAAGAUGGAUGAUCCCUUGGAUUAAAUGCGCUGAAAGAAACUUCCAUAUAUUGUUUAAUGCAUGAAACCAGACUAUCACUGUAUAAAUGCUUUUUUCAUUGUGUUGCAUGUCCUGUGGCUGUAUAUAGUGGUGGCCUUUGCAUUCUUUGUAAAAGUGAUGGCCUUUGCAUUCACUUCCAUUAUUGUUUCAGAAAUCUGAAUCACUAAUCUGGUGAAUGAUUGUUUCAUUGAUUUCUGUAGCACAUAUGUAGCUUAAUCUACAACUCUUUAUCUCUA